UAGGGUAAUACACCAACAUUGUCCCGUUAUUAUUUUGUCUCAAGUAAAGGAACAAAAAGGAGAUAGGGUUAAGGAACCACCAAACGAGUUGAAUAAACGUACGACUUCAUCGAGGGACUUCCCGGCUGCCGUUCAAUUUUUUGUUUAAAAGCAGACGCAGUUACACGAUAGCCAGUCAGUUUCAGUUUUGAUACACGCUGUAACGGUCAAUCAUGAGAUCACAGUUCUAUCUCAUUUUGUGCGCUUUAGUAUUGGUUUUCGAUAAUCUUGAACAGGUGCUCGCAAUUCCCAUUGACAGCACAAAUUUUAUUAAUGUUACUGGAUGUCCGAGAAUCGUUAGCCGAGAAGAAUGGAAGGCUAGAAAACGUCUCAAUUUCGAAUUCAUGCCAGUGAUACCGACACCUUAUGUGGUAAUUCAUCAUGGUGGCAUACGUCAGUACUGUCGGGAUCAAGAAUCAUGCUCAGCGAUCGUGAGAUAUUAUCAAAAUCUUCACCUGGACGAUCGCGGCUGGUGGGACAUUGGCUAUAAUUUUCUCAUCGGCGAAGACGGUAAUGCUUACGAGGGUCGCGGCUGGAAUUACGUCGGUGCACAUUCACCUGGUUACAACACUCAGAGCAUUGGCAUAUGCAUUAUAGGAGAUUUUUCUGAUUUUCUCCCGAACGCGGCCGCCUUGAAGACGCUGAACGAGUUGAUAGCUUGCGGAAUUUCACUCGGCAAAAUAAGUGACAAGUAUAAUGUGAUCGGUCAUCGGCAGGCACGCAACACGGAAUGUCCUGGCGAGAGCUUUUACAAAUACGUAAUUGCUCUUCCCAGGUGGACCGCGAAUCCGGUACCAAUUUAUUCGAACACGACUACUACCACGACGACUACCACAACGGAGGCAACGGUGCAAAGCGAAAAUAUCAUAGAUGAAAAAACUAAACCGAAAAAUACACAAUAAUGACAUUUUAGGUAAUUGUCGUGUAGGUCACAAAUUCACACACACACACAUACUGCAUUCUAUUAUAAAAUGAAAAAAGAAUUACUAUUUCUAUCUCUGCUAUUAUUAUUAUGAAACGCUCAUGCGCAGCUGAAAAUGGCAGUUUUAUAAAAAAAAAAGUAAACAAGUUUUCUCUUUCGAGAUGAAUCCCUCAAUGAACACUCUUCUUAUACUAAAUUUUCAAUAUUUACUGUCAUAUAAUAAUAGUUACGUUAAUAUCACAAUUAAAUUGGUCGAUUUAAACGUGAAAUACAUACGUAUAUAUAAAUAGAAACAAAGAAAAAAUUUCUAUACGGAUUUUUUAAAAAGUUUUGAACGGUAUUGUAUUAAUUCAUGUGUAAAACCAUAUUUAAGUGCGACUGUACAACAAUACAUUGUUAUAAUAUUAUGCUGAUAUGCUUUGAGAUGUGUCAUAUCAGUUAGUCAUUUUCAAAUAGUUCGAUUAUUUUCGGGGAUGUCCACUGUAAAAUCACAAGUCCGUCCGUUACGUGAAAUUGAUAAGAUAUCGGUAUCGCAGUUUCAUGUAUUAUGCAAUGUUUUUGUAAGUUUAGAAAUGGGAAAGAAGAUAAAAGCCGCACUUGUUUUGUAAACGCAUUUCGCAGUUUGUGAUAAUCACAGCUUCGAUUUCACUUGAAAAACCACAAUAGUGAAUUUGUUUUUCUGAUGUUUUUGCACAUUACACAAUUGACAGGUCAGACGAUGCAGCUGGUUUGUUAAUGUACCUGAAUGAGCACGUUUCUUUUAAAUUGUAUACAAAUAAGUAGCAAUAUACUUUAUGAUAUUUAUCACUUUAUAUGUAUUUAAAAUAUAAUUAAUGACUGUAGCACACACAUAUGUUACAUUUUUUCUUGCGCUUAUAAUGUAAUACAUUGAUAAGUCAGAUUAUGCAACCGGUUCGUUAAGGUACUUGGACGAGCACAUGUUCCUUUUUUAAUUGUGUAAAUAAUUAACAAUUCACUUUAUGAUAUUUAUUA